UCUCUCCGUAGUCCGUACCCUUCGCCUCGUCUUACUACUACUCCGUACUACUCUCCGCCCUCUCUCCGCCGUACGCGGCAGCGACGGCCGGCCGGCGAGUACCCCCUCCGCCCGCGCUCGUUCCGCCGAGGACGGGCUUACUUGCGGCGGCCCAGGACGGGCUUCUCCUCCCACCGCCUGCGCUGAUCUCCCGCGAGCAGGGGCGCUGUCGUCUUCGAUGUUGGGGAGAAAGAAGGCUGUCAAAGAACUUAUAAAGAAAGCUGUGGCCGUGAAGGAUCAUCUAGCGCAAUUUCCAGAUUUUCAUAAGUAUGAGAGAAAUGGUAUUUUCGUCUACUUGGAAUCUAGACAUGGAAAUCAACUUCCAUUACCGACAAGGAAAUACAUCCAAAAUCUACUCAAGCUUAACAUGGAGGGACCAUAUGGACCAGAAUGGCCUUCAGAAGAGAAAGUUAAGCGCCGGGAAAUGGUUGCCCAAGAAGCACGAUAUAUCUUUGUCCGGCAAUCUUCAAAUGCCUUUAGUGCCAAAAAUAUUAUGAAGCAAGAUUCAGGCCUAGAAUGUACACAUGAAGCAUGUAAUGACGAUUGCUUGAUAGGUUUUGUACACUAUAGAUUUGUUUUGGAAGAGGAUGUUCCUGUUCUUUAUGUCUAUGAGCUACAGUUGGAGCCUUCUGCCCAGGGGAAGGGGCUGGGGAAAUUUCUAAUGGAGUUGAUCGAACUUAUAGCUUAUAAGAGUCAAAUGGGAGCUGUGAUGCUAACAGUUCAGAAAGCUAAUGACCUUGCUAUGGCUUUCUAUAAGAAGUUGAGAUAUGUAAUAUCAAGUACUUCGCCAUCACAAGUUGACCCACUGAUUGGACUUGAAAAAAACUAUGAGAUUUUAUGCAAGACAUUUGAAUCUGAAGCCAAAUCCAUAUUAGAGGAAGGUGGCUGGAAACUCACAGUGCAAUGAUCACUCUAGGAUCUUGUUACAAUGUGAUGAUGCCUAUUCUUCUUCACUACAUUGUUGACACCUUACAGGGUACAGCUCAAGCUUGAGUGGCAUAUCAGGCCACCAUGUUAUUGCGAUGCACUCAUAUUGUACACCUCUGUCCGAAACUCCUCCUGCCAAGCCAUUCUGGGAAGCGAACACGAUGGCCCAUAUUGUUCCCUUGCACAUGUAUACCAAAUACCUCCACAUUCUUAAUUUACUUGGACAAAACGUGUGUCACCAAAGCUGUACUGGUGUUUACCCCGUUACUUUAGGUAGGACUGUAGGAAGUGGAACCUGCUAAGGUGACAUGACAUGACAUGCAACUGGUACUGACCCAGUAGCGUUAAUCUAAUCCCGUUUGUUCGUGGAUCACUCUCUCUUGAUCCAUGUGUUUGCAGGUGCUAAAGAGCUUAGAUUUUUCUGGAAUACAGAUUUGGGAACGUUGCGCUUAUUAGCAUGCCAAGCAUGAGGAAUUCAUGGGGGCGGCACAGCACCACGAGAACCGUAGCACCCGUCUUAUGGUUGCUGCAAGUGAAUCAAAGCAUA